AUGCAGACCGGCCAUAUGAUGGUAUCGGAUAAGGUCUGGCGAGGUGUCAGACGCUUGUCGAGCUCUGUUGAUGGUGCCGGCGAGGAGGUCACUUCGGAAGUGGCCAGGACCCUGCCUGGCAUCGUAAAAGAGCUCUUUGUGGAGAAGGCGGUCCCUGCAGUGGUGGAGGCACUGGAGGAUAAGGCCACGGAAGGGAUCAACACCUUUGAGCAACCCGAUUCGUCGGCGAACGAAGGUGCACUUGGGAGCCUCGCUGACGAUAUAGUCCGCGUGGACGAGGAAGUCCGUGGUCUUGGGGUUAGACUGGGACAGAUGGAAGCUAUACUACGACGGACGGAGCAUCAGGCGGCUGAGAGCAUGGGCAACCAACAGGAAUCGGUCCUUGGCAUUGUUGAGAUGAUAGAGGCUCUGAAGGCAUCAGGAAUGGGCAGACGAGGCGGCUCCGCUUCGGAGUCUAUUGAUGCAUCACAGAUAGCAGCCUCGGUGGCGAUGGGUCUCCAGGAUGAUAUUGAGGAACUGAAUAACCAGGCCAGUGAACUGAGGGCUGAUGUGGAUAGACUGUAUAGUCGUGCUGGUGCGUGGGACAGGAUCAGAGUAUUUUAUAAGGAUUAA